AAAUAUUAUGGACUGCUGAUUUCUGUUCGGUCAACAUGGCGGACGACUUCGACAACAGCGGUAGUGGUAGAGGUGGUGGAUUUUACGACAGUUUCGGCGAUGGACCAAGGGAUUAUGGUUCGUCUUAUGGAGGCGGAAGACGGCGUGGUGGCGGAGAUCGUUAUAGAGAUCGCGCACCGAAACCUCUUCCAACGGAACCCCCUUUUACGGUCUUCGUCGGUGGACUUCCGCCGGAUACAGUCCAGGGAGAUCUUGAUAUGAUAUUCCAAGACAUCAAGGACAACAUCAGAAGCAUUCGUCUUGUGAGAGAUAAAGAAACAGAUAAAUUCAAAGGCUUCUGUUAUGUUGAGUUUGAAGACCUGUAUUCACUGAAGGAAGCUCUGGCAUAUGAUGGGGCAAGUAUGGGAGAACAUGGUAGAACCCUGAGAGUGGAUGUUGCUGAGGGACGUCGAGAGGGAGGCCGUGGCGGUGGAAGAGGUGGACAAAGAGGGGGCAGAGGUGGCUAUGAUGACAGGCGUGGAAGAUAUGGUGGUGAUGGUGGUGGUGGUGGAAACUGGGGAAACAAGGCAGGUCAUCACGGUGGUUGGAGUGGUGGUGGAGGAGGAGGAGGAGGCAGUUGGGGUGGAAGAGACGAUAGUGGCUGGGGUGGUCGGGAUGGAGGUGGCAGAGAUGAGGGAGGCUGGGGAGGUAGGGAUGAAGGAGGGAGAAGAGGAGGAAGGCACGGUGGAGGAGGUGGGAGAGGUGGAGGUGGGGGGUUUGGAGACAGAAGAGGUCCUCCAAGACAAGAUGAUUUUCGUGAACCAACAGCUGAGGAAUUAGCAGCCAGACCGAAAUUAAAACUCAAGCCCCGCACAGUGAAAGAUCCUGUGAAUGACGUAGCCUCAAGUAUGCAACAGAUGGCAAUAUUUGGUGGUGCAAAGCCUAGAGAUGAAAGCGUUUAUGAGAAAGGGAAAGAGAGAUCUAACAGCCAGUCCAGUCAAAACAGUGGUUAAUAACAAAAAAUUUAAAAUAUGAAUUGAAGAAGCUGCUAUUUUUCGCGUCUGAAGAUGUCCAAUGCUUCUACUGACAACAGCUUCGUGCGAUAACUAAAACACAGUUUUUGUUUCGUGUCAGCAACAACAUUCAUAUCAAGGACGUCUUACCGAUAGAUUUGCAAGAAUUCCUCCAUUUCUUGUGCACUCAGAACAUACCCACGCAAUGAUAUAAUGUAUUAUUUAGACUUGGUGUGCCUUAAUGGCGUUUUAAAGUUUCCGUUGUUUAAAAAGAGAUUGUUGUUUCUUCUUCGACUCUCAGUUUAGAGCAAUUGUCACUUGAAUGUCGAAAGUAAUCCGGGUUUGCUUUGGUUUUACGUAACUUUGCUCUGUGAUUGGUUCAGAAAAGUCGCACCAUCCUCUCAACCAAUUAGAUGCAAAACAAGAAAAAAACAAUCACGACCAGGUCAUACGCGAUUUCCCGUGGUUCACUUUUUCCGCUCUUUACUUGGUGUUCUCAUUGGCUGAUGAUGACGUAAACCUUUGCUCUGAUUGGUCGCUGGGAUUACUUUGGUCUUGGUUUUUCGACACUCAAUUGAAAACUGCUCUAUUGAAAGGUUUUAUAUUUCACGAGGGAGGAGAGAGAAAGCGUUUUCCAAUUUAUCAACGCUAACUGACUUUUUAUAAACCUGGAUUUUUUUAAGUGAUAUUUCUUUUGCUUUUAAUUUAAGGUAAUGUCUUGAUUAAAUGUGCGUUGCUCUGUUGGAAAAAUUACAUUAUUCUGACUUCUGA